ACCGUUUUAGUUUUUUCGUUCGGUGAACUCUUUCGUUCCCUCCUGUACACAAGAGAAGCAGAUUCGUUUCGCGGUUCGCCUCCUCCUCUCUUGCUGCUUCUUUCUCCGUUUCCUGGAUCCCGUCUUUUCUCUGUGUCUCUUCUGUUCACUUCCCUCGCACCACUGAACCUUGUUUCCACCUCUCCUUCUCGUCUCCUGAGUCGUCGCCUCAGGUCGUUUCCGAGCUGUCCGAACCUCCCCUCUGUCGCUUGUCUCUGUCUGGGCGUCUCCUCUCGCUUAUCUGUUCUUUCCGGUCUCGCCUCCGCGUCCGUCCGGCCUUCGUGUGCAUCCCCUGCUUCGCGUCGUCGAGUUUCCUUCGCUCAAGAUGAGUCGCUGGCUGCGAGGGCGGGGGAAUGGUGGGAAGUCCUCGCAAGAGGUGAAUGUGUACCAUAAUGUGAAGGCUGGGCUCCAGGAACUUUAUCGCUCGGUGCUUCUCCCUCUCGAGCAAGACUUCAAGUUUCACCAGUUCUUCUCUCCCCUCCUCACUGAUGGAGACUUCGCCGCGAAACCGAUGGUCAUGCUCAUAGGCCAGUACAGCACGGGGAAGACAACGUUCAUUCAGCAUCUGCUCGAGCGAGAGUACCCCGGCCUCCGCAUUGGGCCGGAGCCGACGACAGACCGCUUCGUGGCGGUGAUGGAAAACGACACUGAACAGGUAGUCCCUGGAAACGCCGCCGUCGUCGACCCCACAAAGCCUUUCAGCCAGCUCUCGAAUUUCGGAAACAAUUUUCUCCUCCGCUUCGAGUGCUCCAUGUUGCCCUGCGUCAUUCUGAAUGGAAUCACGCUGAUCGAUACGCCGGGGGUCUUGAGUGGAAACAAGCAGACGAGUCGCGGCUACGAUUUCGAGGGCGUCAUUCAGUGGUUCGCCGAAAGAGUGGACCUGAUUCUGUUGAUUUUCGAUGCCCACAAACUCGACAUCUCAGACGAAUUCCGCAGAUGCAUCCACGCGCUUCGCGGGAAUGAUACGAAAAUUCGAAUCAUUCUGAACAAGGCAGACAUGGUUUCCUACCAGCAGCUGAUGCGCGUCUACGGCGCCCUUAUGUGGUCGCUCGGCAAGGUCAUUCCCUCUCCCGAGGUAGCGCGCGUGUAUAUCGGCUCUUUCUGGAAUCAUCCUCUGCAGAACGACGAAAAUCGAAAGCUUUUCGAGGCAGAGGCGAACGACUUGUAUGCGGAUAUCGCGCGCUUGCCCCGGGAUGCAGCCAUCCGGAAGGUCAACGACUUCAUCAAGAGAGCGCGACUUGCCAAGGUGCAUGCGUAUUUGCUGACGAACCUCCGGAAGCAACUGCCAAUGUGGGGAAAGGACGCCAAGAAGAAGCAGCUGCUCAACCAGCUUCAACAGGUUUACCAGCAAGUCGCGUCGGACCAUUCCAUUCCUCUCGGAGACUUCCCGCCCAUUCCUUUAAUGCAGGAGAAACUGGCUGCCUUCGACUGGAGUAAAAUUCCAAAGCUGGACUCGCGUCGCAUCGAGUCACUGGAUCUUAUGAUAAAGACGCAGAUUCCGCAACUCAUGGCGCUCAUCCCCGCCGAAGAGGCGCAGGCGGCGCUUCAGCCGUCCGACGGGAGCGUGGUGGAGACGAAGGCGUCUCCAUUUCUGUCGCUUAAGUCGAAGAACGAAGGAAACACAUGGAUGAUCGACAAAUUUCUCCACCAGCCGCUCGACGUCGAACGCUACCGGACUGAUUUCGAAGCGCUUGGUCCAGACCACUGCGGCCGCAUCAACGGCUCUCAGGCCAAGGCAGAUCUCGUCAAAAGCAAGCUUCCUAGCGCUGUUCUCCACCGGAUAUGGAACUUGGCAGACUUAACGCGUGAUGGAUACUUGGACUUGUACGAGUACGGCUUGGCGCGGCACUUCAUCGAGAUGAAACUGGAAGGCUUUGAGUUGCCUGCGUCCCUCCCAGAGGCGCUUCUCCCCUCCUACGACCUGCACGAGGCCGCGACCUCCUCCCCGGACUUGCGAGACAAAACGCGCGAUGCGCCGGUCGACGAACGCAUGCAGGGAGCCUUCCGCUUCGACAGCAUCUCCAGAUGCACCACAGGCGGCGCUGGGACUCUCGGCAACUGGGCGGGCGCUUCCAGCAUCACCGGAGACUCAAACCCACUCAGCGACUGAGGCGUCUGUUUGCUUUUCGUCGUCCUCAACUUUUGAAAAAGACCGCGAAUUGGACCUUGGCGUCCGUCGCCUCUUCGCACUUUGCAGGUUCUCUCCUUUCCUGCUCGCGUCAUCUGUCUCGCUUCUUCCUCCCUUCGCUCUCCAUGCGUCCUCAGUCGUUGUCUCCUCUCUCUGUUCUCCUUUUGUCGUUUCUCUGUUUCCUUGCACUUCUCUCGUCUCUUCGCUCUUCUGUCCCUCGUCCUCUCUCGCUUUUUUUCGCGUCGCGCUUCUCGCCUAGUCCCGACGUUUUCUUUUCUUCUCUUGUGGUUCUCGUCUCUCUUCUUGUUUGUUUUUCGUCCUCUACCGACGUCGGCGGCGCGAGGAUGAAGGGGAGUGUGACAACGAGGAGGGAAGCAAGAGAACGACGAGACAGAGAGACAAUUCCUGACGGUUUUUCAACCAUGACAAGCAGAAGCUGAAGAUGGACGAGGCUCUGGAAAGGGGGGAGAGCCGUUCCAAGAGGCACUGCGCGCAGAGACAAAAGAGGACCUUUAUCUGUGCGCAUGGCGUACGUCUACACAACUGUAUUUUGCCGGCUCGUUUUCGGCCAGUUUUUCGAGUCGUGUCUCGUCCGAUUAUCGACUCGCGUCCUUGUUCCAUUUAGAUUUUUGUCAGCCGUUGUCAGGUCCCUCUCCGCUCUCUGCUCGCCUUCGCGUCGUUUCCUUUCGAGCGUCUUCCCCGCGAUUUCUGCCAGAGAGUUCUCCUGCACUUGACAGUCACCUUGACGGCUCGAUUCGCAAGUCUCCCCUGUCCGGGACGGCGCUGUUUCGUCGUUUGCGAUCUUAAUUGACGAAAACAG